AUGGGAUGCUUUUGCUUUCCACCAUUUACAGGCAAAGUUCUGCACAGUUUGAAGCCAAAAUACGAUGACGAUGUGGUGGAUCGGUGCAAUUAUUUGCUUACAAACAUUAUGCUUGCGAUUUGCGCCGUAACUGUUGCAGCAAAACAAUAUGUUGGCGAACCGCUACAGUGCUGGUUACCAGCUGAAUUUAAGGUCAUUUUCUCUAAAUUACACAAAGUUGACCAUCCGUAA